GCAAUCAAACCAGUUCCGAACCCGUGCUCAAAAUGCUCGCACUCCUGUUCCUGUCAAUUACGAUAUCAUUCAUUCCUUCCAUCACGCCGAUCAUCGCUCCGCCGAGCUGUGACAGCUUCUACGGGUGCAUUUCGUCCCUGCGCCAAUCGGAUUGUGACCAAGGCGAAGUGCUCAUAUCCGGAGCCUCCCUCAACGGGUGCUGUCCGACAUGCCGCGGCGGUCAGGGUUACAUGAUGGUUUGCAACGUCAACGUGGCCAAUCGGCGUUGCGCUCCCGGACUCAAGUGCGCCGAUCGGAAGUGCAUCUACGAUCGAUCGACCUGCCUCCACACGAUCCACAUGCAAGCCGAGGAUGAGUGGGCCGGUUGGUAUCCGCGCUGCAACCUGGACGGGACGUACGCCAGCAAACAGUGCCGAGGUGAUCGACUUUCCGGACGGUGUUUCUGCUACAGCGAGGACGGCCGCCGCAUAUUCGGCUGGGAUUGGUACAAGGAUGCAGCGAAAAUGACUUGCGCCUGCAGCAGACGUCGGGCGAUGUUGGAAGCGGAAGGACGGAGUGCCGUUUCCCUUCACUGUUUGCCGAAUGGUAACUACGAACGAUUGCAGUGCGAUUCGGGAGUCUGUUGGUGCGCCGAUGAGUAUAACGGAGAUCCGCUGGGUGGGACGACGGUCGUUCAUGACAGUUUGUGGAAGUUGCUACCGUGCUAUAACAGCACCCUUCACGGUGACUCAUAUCUUCGUCAGUGCGAAAGUGCUACAUAUGCGCAAAAGAAGAUACAGACCAAGUUCUCUGUAAGAGGUACCAACGGUGUAAACUUCAACGAAGUUCGUUGUGACUACGACGGAACCUACGGAGCGUACAAGAUCGAGAAUGGGGUAGCCUACUGCACCUGGCGCGAUGGCAAAAAGAUCGGAUCCUUCCAGGUUCGCUCCAGCUUGGUUUCGGGUGUCAACUGCUACUGCGCUCGCGAUAUGGUCAUCUACCAGGAGGCUGGAAUGCCGUUCACGCUGGCCUGCGGCGGAAAUGGCAACUACGAGUACGCACAGGAUCAGAACGGGCAGCUCUUCUGUGUGGACGGCGAUGGUUUUGUGGUGACGACGGAUUUACGACCCAACGAGAGCUGCGACAAAUUCAUCUACAACUCGGAGUUUUACAAUGAAGAUUAGUGUGGCCAACGGAAUAAAGAUAAAUGUGCCAAGUGU